AUGUCCUCAGACCCGCAACCCCAGUCAACCGCCGCAGACGACACAAUAAUAACGCCCGAAUCACUGACCAGCAAACUCCAAGAAUCCCUCCAGACCACCCACGUGUCCAUCCAAGACAUGUCCGGCGGGUGCGGCCAGGCGUUCACGGCGGUGAUUGUGUCGCCCGAGUUUGAGAAGAAGACGCUGCUGGCGCGCCAUCGCCUCGUCAACGGCGCCCUCAAGCACGAGAUCGCCGCCAUUCACGCCUGGACGCCCAAGUGUCUGACGCCCGAGCAGUGGGAGAAGGAGAAGGGGAGGGAGGAGGCGUAG